CUUGUCGGGUGGGUUCUAAAACUUCCAUGGGUCUGUACAACUAACUUAGGAGCGCAGCCUGAAGAAAAGUUGGGCCCUGCGCGUCAUCCAGAGCUAUGCAUUUUCAGGAGUGGUUACGGUCACUUCGCUCCAGUGUUGGACUCAAAGCGCCUGAAUCAGACGAUUUGAGGAGUCUCCUGCCGUCGCUGCCUCUGUCCAACUUCUCGCUGUCCUCCUUCUCCCUGUCGCCCUCCUCUCUGCUCGGCUUAGGAGCCCUAGCUUCUCUCACCGCCUACUAUCUGGUGACCCGUCCUCGACCCAUGCGUCCUCCUUGUGAUCUACAAGCCCAGUCUGUGGCAGUCAAUGGAGAACCGAGCUGCAGACGAUCGGCUCUCCUUGAGGAUGACUCUCUGCUGGAGUUUUACUACCAGGACACCAGGACAGCCUAUGAUAUGUUUCAGAGAGGCCUGAGGAUUGCAGGAAGUGGCCCGUGUCUAGGCUACAGGAAGCCCGGGCAGCCCUACCAGUGGAUCUCCUACACCGAGGUGGCUGAACAGGCACAGGUUCUGGGCUCUGGGCUGUUGGCUAAAGGCUGUCAGCCAAACCCCAAUCAGUUUGUGGGGAUUUUUGCACAGAACAGACCAGAGUGGAUCAUCUCAGAGCUGGCCUGCUACACCUACUCCAUGGCUGUAGUUCCUCUGUAUGAAACACUGGGGCUGGAGGCGAUGGUCCAUAUACUCAACCUGGCUGAAAUCUCUCUGGUGAUCUGUGACCGGGAGGAGAAGGCGGCGUCUCUUUUAGAGAACAAGGAGAAAGGCGUGACUCCAAAGCUCUCCUGCCUGGUUGUCUUUAACGAUUUCAGUGAUGCUUUCCUAGAGAGGGCGAAGAAUUGCGGGGUGGAGGUUUUGACACUGGCACAGCUCAUGGACCUGGGAAGACAGAACCGCAGAGAUCCUGUGCCGCCCCAGCCUCAGGAUCUGGCUGUGGUUUGCUUCACCAGUGGAACCACAGGAAAACCCAAGGGAGCCAUGAUCACCCACGGCAACAUCGCCUCCAACACUUCCUCUGUCAUUAAGAUCCUGGAGGGUUCGUUUGUUAUCCGACAAGAGGAUGUGUCGAUCUCUUAUCUGCCACUCGCCCAUAUGUUUGAGCGGAUGAUUCAGGUUUCUAUGUUCUGCCAUGGGGCCAGAGUAGGGUUCUACCAAGGCGACAUUUCUCUUCUCAUGGAUGACAUUAAAACUCUCAAACCUACUUUCUUUCCCGUCGUGCCUCGUUUACUCAAUCGCAUCUACGACAAGAUCCUUGGCUCCGUAACCUCUCCGUUGCGACGGGCUUUGCUUCAUUACGCUGUGAGGAGGAAGCAGGCAGAGCUGAGCAGCGGCGUCGUUCGUAACAACAGUCUAUGGGACAAACUGGUGUUCAACAGGAUCCAGGCCAAUUUAGGAGGUAAUCUCCGCUUUGCCCUGACUGCCUCAGCGCCCAUCUCCCCCACUGUGCUGUCCUUCCUCAGAGCCACGCUCGGCUGUCUGAUCUUCGAGGGUUAUGGCCAGACAGAGUGCACAGCGGGCUGCACCUUCUCCAUGCCAGGUGACUGGAGUGCAGGCCACGUUGGCGCUCCCUUACCCUGUGCUAUGGUAAAGGUGGUCGACAUCCCUGACAUGAACUAUUACGCCAAGAACGGAGAGGGAGAGAUCUGCAUCCAAGGCCCCAGUGUGUUCAGGGGCUACCUGAAGGACCCAGAGAGGACGGCUGAGGCUUUGGACAGUGACGGGUGGCUGCACAGUGGGGACGUGGGCCAGUGGCUUCCAAACGGGACACUACGCAUCAUUGACAGGAAGAAGCACAUCUUUAAGUUGUCCCAGGGAGAAUACAUCGCUCCGGAGAAAAUAGAAAACGUCUACAUGCGCUGUGUUCCUGUACUGCAGGUGUUUGUGCAUGGAGAUAGUUUACAGUCAUAUCUUAUAGGCAUAGUCGUGCCUGACCCUGAGGUGUUUGUUGACUGGGCUAAAGAACGAGGAUUUGUGGGAUCUUAUGAGGAGCUGUGCCAGAACCCUGAUUUAAAGAUUGCAGUGUUAGAAGACAUGAAAUCUGUUGGCAAAGAAGCAGGGCUAAAGUCCUUUGAGCAAGUGAAAGAUAUUUACUUGCAUUCUGAGACGUUCAGCAUUGCCAAUGGUCUUCUCACGCCAACCCUGAAAAGUAGACGUGCUGAUAUCCGCAGAGUUUUUCAGGAACAGAUCUCAAAUAUGUACCGUAAGACGGCCAUUUAAAGGACUCCACUCCAGGGUUAUAACUGAGGUCCAAUGAGGGAAAAAACAAAUAAGACCUGGGUGAAGAAAGUUCAAAAAUACAUACGUCCAACUGUGCCUAAUCCAAAACAUACAAUUGGAUAUAUUUUGGUAUAUUGGUAUUUUGCUUCAAAGACGUUUUAGUUGACCUGUUGUUAUCCACACGUUUUAAUGCUUCUCAUUAAAAAAAGGAGACACUGAAUGGGACCAAAACCCUGUUUAGGAAGGCAGAGUUUUUGUUUUUUUUUCUCAUCACACUGAUGUCUUUGUCACUAAUUCAGAAAUGUGGUGAGUUGUUUUUACUGGUGAACAGGUUGUUGUGUUAGAGGUAAGACUCACCUAAGAUAGGAAACACAACUUUCUUUCUGAAGCAAAGACCUUUAAAAGGGACACAUGACAGUUGUUUCUCAUAGUAUUUGCAUUAACUCUAGGUAUUUUACUGAUGGUGGGUCCUUACGUUGCCUUAACUAUUCAGAAAUGUCCUUGUUUUUAGCUCGGUGGUCAUGAUUUUUCCUAAUGGCUUCUAAAUGUUUUCAUGAACCAACGUGGAAAUAAUCCUUCAGCUGAAGUUAAAGUUUUUUAAACGACGUGAAAAAUAGCUAUAUUGUGAAUACAGCUUGUAUUGAGGUUUAUUGUGAGGACACUACAGACUAACUCCAGUAUCGAUGAAAUGAACAGAAAUAAAGAUUAGUAACUGGUA